AAGUAAUCGAAUCUACUCUAUCAAACAUACAAACUACUACUGAUGUUUCUAAAGGUGCAAAAGAUGCAGAUUUGAUAAUUGAAGCCAUCGUAGAGAAUAUUCAAACAAAACAAGAUUUAUUUAGAAAUUUGGACAAUAUUGCAUCUCAAUCUACUAUAUUUGCAUCGAAUACUUCAAGCCUACCAAUUAUAGAAAUUGCAAAUGUAACUAAAAGGGGGGAUAGAUUUGCUGGUUUACAUUUUUUCAAUCCUGUUCCAAGAAUGAAGUUAGUGGAGGUUAUUAAAACUGAAAACACUAGCGAUGAGACAUAUGAAA